ACUGCUCCUGCAGCUGUCCAUGGUUGUGUAUAGUGGAUGUGCGCCGUUCCUUGAGAUGCAACUGCUACCAUAGACAGAUCUUAACAACCCCCCUCCCCUGGAAGAUUCUCUACGCAGCGCAUUAAAACCGACUGAAAGAUUGUGAAAGACGUAAGACAAUGGCAGAACAGCAGAGACAGCGCUCUCUGUCUACCUCUGGGGAAACUCUCUAUGUAGUGCUGGGUGUUGAGAAGCUGGCUACACCUGAUGAUAUCAAGAAAUCAUACAGGAAACUGGCAUUGAAGUUCCACCCUGACAAGAACCCUGACAAUCCAGAGGCGGCUGACAAAUUUAAGGAGAUUAACAAUGCUCAUGCUAUUUUGAAUGAUCCCACUAAACGCAACAUCUACGACAAGUAUGGCUCUCUGGGCUUGUAUGUGGCCGAGCAGUUUGGCGAGGAGAAUGUGAACACAUACUUUGUCCUGUCUAGCUGGUGGGCCAAGGCAUUGUUUGUUUUCUGUGGCCUGGCCACUGGUUGCUACUUCUGCUGUUGCCUGUGUUGCUGCUGUAACUGCUGCUGUGGGAAAUGUAAACCAAGGCCCCCAGAGGGCCAGGAGCCUGACUUCUACGUGUCCCCCGAGGACCUUGAGGCCCAACUGCAGUCUGAUGAGAGAGAGGGUGGCGGUGAGCCCAUUGUGCUGCAACCAUCAGCUACAGAGACCACCCAGUUGACAUCAGAUGGCCACCAUUCCACCUACCGAACCGACACAGGCUUCAACUAAUCCUCCACCCCUGGCCUGUGGCUCUGCCUGCUUUCCUGCUCCACAUUUACAAGAUGAACGAGAGGGGCAAUCUGUUUUAACUUCACAAAGAGCUGUGUACUGAAGAGGGGGGCGAGUGAGCGUGGUCCACCAAAGGAACUCUUGAGCACAACCCCCUUCCACCCUCCCCAUAGUGGUCCCUUUCCGCCUGAAUAUUGAAAGAAAAGAGAAAGAAUACGUUUGCUUCCCUGUGGUUAACUCUUUGUUAUUUUUUGGCCUUUGACCUCACAAUCCGCCUACCCAACUUACCCUUUUCCACAUUUUGUGUAAUGGUGUAGCAUGCACUGUUUAGGAAGAACCAUUGUCUUUAUUUAAUUUUUUUGUUUUAUGUAAAAUGUUUGUUUGAGAAAUUCAUACUGUGUAGGUACAUAUGUAUGUGCAAUAUGUAUGUGUAAAAGUAAUUAAUUUGGGGUGCAGUUUACUUGAUGUUUAUUCUCAUCAGAUAAGAGGCUCAGGGAGGUAUUGGAGGGUCUUUGGUGCAUGUUGCCAACAUCAAACAUCUUGGGAUAGAGCUCAGUCAUCAGUGAUCUCAUAGUAAAAAUGUUUUUGCUUCUUAACCUAAUCAUAUCUAGACCUGUAGUUUUUUCACUCCAGUCACCAUGUAUUUGCCCCUUUCACAAAGUGGCGGAUUAGCCCUGAAACUAGUGUAAGUGGAUGGAAAGGAAUGAAGAAGACAGGGCGUAAAAAUAGCUCUAAUUGACAACUUUCAGAUUUCUUUGCUGUGGUGGGUCUUGGUUUAUCAUUUAUCGGACUUGGUCUUUAUUUGAGCUGUGAAAGCAGUGCACAGAUCCGACCCUGCAAUUUAGUGCUUGUAAUAGUUCACCCUGUUUCUUCUUCCCUGCAGUUACUGAGUAUCCAAAGGCUACCAUCUGGAAAUUAAUAUUGUACAUUUGUUAUCGCAUCACCAUUUUAACUGCUACAGUAAAACUACUCACAACUGUCACCAACAGUCCUAAUCUAACAGUGCAGCAUCAUUUCACUACACAUUUCCUACACUCAACUGUAAGUGAUGUUGGCUGUAGGCAUAUACAGUUGUUUACAUCUGGUAAGCUUACUCUUAAAUCACUUUUUCAGCGGCACAAGCCAUUUUUAUUCACUGUCAAAAGGCUUUAUAGACAGCUAAAUCUGAUGUAGUUCAUCAAUUACCCACAUUAGUGUACAAUGUAUUGUUGUAUUAACAUUACAUUUUAGUCAAACUGAUAAGAUUUCCCCUGCCAUUUCCUUAGUUGUAUUAAACACAUUGACUGAACACAUUAACACUGCAAUGGAGACCAUAUGGAUAGGGUUUCCUUAUGUUGGAGUAUAUAUUCAUUGAUAUUUCCUUAAUCUUGAAUGGUUUUACCUGUACUUUCUUUUAAUAUACAACUCCAAACAUAACUCUUAAUAUGCAACAUAAGUCCAAACUACAAGCCAAGAAUUAUCACCCUAUUCCAAUUCAGUCUCUUCUGAGCCAUCUUAACCUAUGAGUGGAUAUGAAAAAACAAUCAUGCAGUUAUUUUCAUACUUUUCUUUUGAUGUUUAGGCUACUGUAUGUGUAGUGUAAGUGUGUAAGGAAAAUGUUGUAAGCAUUUGGACAAUAUUAUCAUCCUGUUUAUCUAUAGUUUAUCGUGCUAAAGGGAGCUCAGAGAGUGUUGUGUUUGUCUGAUGCUGUGUUUGUUUACCAUCAUUGAAUUCUAAGAAUCAGAAUUUUUUGCUCACAAGUUAUUUUAUUCAGUGGGUUAGCACUAUAGGCAGCUCUUAUAAAAAACACAAUUAAUUUUUUAUGCCAGUGAAUUAUACAGUACAUCAAGUGAAGCAACUUCACAAUUUACCAUAAUCAUUCAUCAUUAUUCUUAUUAUUUUAUGUUUUUCUUCAAAUGCCAAUGAUGUGUUAAAAUGGUUUACAAUGGGCUUCUGAGCUCCUUCUGCCUGUCCUCUUCUGUUGAUGGGAUGGUUGUUGACCUCUGGUUGUUGACCUCUGUGGCCCUUAUACAGUGUGUUUCCUGUACCCUCCUGAAAAAAACAUUGAUGUUCCUGUUAUGGCUUCUUCAUUGAGAUAUUGGAAUAUGCUAAUUGUUCUGAGUUGAAUGCAAUGUGUGUUCAAAAAAACUUAAGUGGAUCAAUGAUCAGGAAAUAGCUCUAUAAAAAAAGGUCUAGACACAGACAACAUAGUGUAACAAUAGUGAUAUGGUAAUUUGAUGCAUUCUUAUUUAAUUUCUUAUUUUGUCAUGUUUUAUUGAGAAGCUUUAGAUAAAUGCUAUGUUGUUUUGAUGUGGCCAUUAAAUUUUGCAACGCAUGGUUUAAUGGUUGAGGUCAUUUGUAUAUAUAAUUGAAGUAAAAUAUGAAGUAGAAAUCUUGACCUUUAUGUUGUAGCAUGGUAGUUGUGUGUCUGAAAGAAAACUAAGUGGGUCAUUGAUCUGAUUUGCUGUCGUUAAAUAAAUGUUCUUGAA